ACUUUUUGCUGAUGUGCUCAAUGACAUUGCCAUGUUCAUGGAAAUACUGGCUCCUUACUUUCCUGCUUGCUUCACCUUCAUUGUGUGCACUGCAGGGAUAUUCAAGUCUAUUGUUGGAGUGGCAGGUGGUGCAACCAGAGCGGCUCUCACUGUUCAUCAGGCCCGCAGAGACAACAUGGCUGACAUCUCUGCCAAAGACGGCAGUCAGGAGACUUUAGUGAAUCUGGCCGGACUGCUGGUCAGUCUGAUACUCAUUCCCCUCGUCACUGAUAAUCCAGUAUUGACUCUCUGCCUCUUCUUCCUCUUCACCGUGCUUCAUCUUUUUGCCAACUACAAGGCUGUGCGUUCAGUUGUCAUGGAAACCUUCAACGAAGCACGGCUUUCUAUCGUACUGCAGCAGUACCUGAAGGACAAACGAAUCCUGAGUCCACCAGAGGCCAAUCAGAGAGAACCAGUUUUCUUUGAGUUUGGGCAAACUGUGCCGAUAAAGCUUGGAGUGAGGCUGCAGGAGAUUGCACAGAGCCCAGAAGAUCUUGAGUUGGCUUUGAAGGAAAACAGCAUGCCUUACCUGUUAGGAGUCAGAAAUGGCUGUGUAUGUGUUUGUUUGGGACCAGAAGCUUCAGUGAGUGACGAAAUCAGAGCGAUGUGCCAGGCGGUAGUACUCGGCAACAUGCUGAGCUCGUCAAACUCCAGAGAAGCUACGGGGGCUGCACCGAAACAGCAAAAAGGUCACUGGGAAAUGGUGCACAAGAGUCACAAGCUGAUGGAUGCCAUUUUCAAUCCAUUACUUAAGGGUGCUGAAGCUGCAGGAUGGGACAUGAAACGAACCCUGAUCGACUGGGAUGAGUGGCGAGUCGAGUGGAAAACAAAAAGCAGCUGAGAAGCUUUAAAUAAACAAAGGUGUUUUUAAGUA